AUGUAUGAUACCGUUGAUCGCGAGCUCGACCGGUUAGAGAAAUUCAACAUCAUCACCCCGGUCGAUUAUUCGGAGUGGGCCGCUCCUAUCGUCGUAGUCCGCAAGUCCAAUGGCUCCAUCAGGAUUUGCGGAGACUACUCAACGGGUUUGAACGCAGCUCUCCAACCACAGCAGUAUCCACUUCCACUUCCGGACGACAUCUUCGCCAAGCUGGCUAAGUGUAAGAUCUUCAGCCAGAUAGAUUUGUCCGACGCCUUCUUACAGGUGGAAGUUGACGAGCAGUACCGUAGUUUGCUGACGAUCAAUACGCAUCGUGGUCUCUACCUCUACAACCGCCUGCCGCCGGGUUUGAAGAUCGCGCCUGGCGCAUUUCAGCAGCUCAUCGACACAAUUUUAGCCGGACUGAAGGACACUUCUGGCUACCUCGACGACGUCAUCGUCGGCGGAGAAACUGAAAAGGAGCACGACCUCAAUCUACGGGGUGUCCUAAAGCGAAUCCAAGAUUUCGGAUUCACGAUUCGUGUUGACAAGUAUCAGGCGAAAAUCGAGGCGAUCACCAAGCUGCCGCCUCCAGCCGAUGUAUACGGUGUGCGAUCGUUUUUGGGGGCCAUCAACUACUACGGCAAGAUCGUUCCCAACAUGCGCAUGCUAUGCUACCCGCUCGACAAUCUCCUCAAGGUGGAGACGAAGUUCAGCUGGAGUCCGGAGUGCCAGAAAGCGUUCGACCGGUUCAAGCAGAUUCUCUCGUCGGAUCUUCUCCUCACGCACUACAAUCCGAAGCGGGAAAUCAUCGUUUCUGCUGACGCUUCAUCCAUUGGACUUGGGACUACCAUCAGCCACAGGUUCCCUGAUGGCACCAUCAAGGUGGUCCAACACGCAUCCAGGGCGCUCACGAAGGCAGAACAGGGCUACAGUCAGCCCGAUCGUGAAGGUCUAGCCAUCAUCUUCGCCGUCACGAAGUUCCACAAAAUGCUCUUCGGACGGCACUUCCGUUUGCAAACCGUUCAUCGCCCGCUGCUUCGUAUCUUCGGCUCUAAGAAGGGGAUUCCAGUGUACACUGCGAACCGCCUGCAACGCUUCGCCCUCAACUUGCUGCUCUAUGACUUUGAGAUCGAGUACGUGUCCACUGAGAAGUUCGGCAACGCAGACCUGCUCUCCCGGUUGAUCGACCAGCACAUCAAGCCUGAAGAGGACUACGUUAUCGUGAGUCUCAAUCUGGAAGAGGAUAUUAGAGUCGUUGCGCAAAUCACCCAAGCAGAUCCGCUGCUCCGUGAAGUCCACCGCUACGUUCAGAACGGCUGGUCCCAGUCAACACUCGAUGGGUCAGAACUUCGUCGGUUCCAAUCAAGGCAGGAAUCGCUUUCUGUGGUGGAUGGGUGUCCUCACUCUCCACCGGUGCCGUGGCCCAAAUCGACCGCUCCGUGGCAACGCGUCCACGUCGACUUCGCCGGUCCAAUCGAAGACGACUACUACCUGCUCGCUAUCGAUUCGUUCUCUAAGUGGCCCGAGAUCAUCCGAACGACCCGCAUCACCUCUGCUGCGACCAUCAGCAUCUUGCGUGGGUUGUUCGCGCGGCUUGGUAUGCCCAUAACCUUGGCGGAAAGAUUCGUGGAUACCUUCAAGCGGGCCGUCAAGAAAAUCCGAGAGGGGAGAGGAUCCAUUGAAGAAGCACUGGAUGUCUUCUUGCUGACGUACCGAAGCACGCCCAGUCAUGCUCUGCCGGAUCAGAAGUCGCCAUUUGAGAUCAUGUUUGGUCGCAAAAUCCGAACGUGUCUCGAGCUUCUGCGUCCACCACCGGUACGUGUCCCAGUGCCAACCGUCGAUGACCGCAAGCAACCGAGGUCCUUCAACUGA